CAAGGAAAAUCAACAUCCGUACUCUCCCUCCCCCAAGUUGAAGCAAGCAGCAGGAAGAAAGCGAGCACACAAGCAGGCACAUCGCAGCCUGCAUACCUCACGACCAUCCAUUGCUAAGUCCCGCGUUGUGUGUUUCUGGACACGCUAAAACUUCGAAUCCGUAGCCAAACCUCCCUAAAUAAUUCCAGCCAUGGGAGGUCAUACUGCCAGGAGAGACAGCUUUGAGCGACGGUUUCAAGCAGCCACGCUGCUCGUCACGGCGCUGUUGCUCGAGCUCGGAACCUGCUCACUCGCGUCGUCAUCGUGGAUCGCCUGGCCUUCGCAAAGCACGCAAACGGGUGCGUCUAAGUGGGGGUGCGACAUCACCAGCGGCGAAUGGGUGGGCGGGAGGAAUCUUCCGCUCUACACGGGGUUCAACUGCCCGUACGUUCGCUCCAGCCAGAACUGCCAGAAGAACGGCCGCCAGGACAUGUGGUUUCAGAAGCUCAAAUGGCGGCCUCACACGUGUAGGACUCGGCGGAUGACUCCCAAGUUACUUCGUAACCAGCUUCGCGACAAGCUCGUGCUCGUAUUUGGCGACAGUGUGGCGAAAAACUUCGCGACGUCGGUGAUGUGCGUGCUGCACUCGUCGAGUCCCAACCUGUCAGAGCCGCUUCGCUUCGAGAACAGGGGCAGCGUCGUCGCACACGGCAUGCAGAUCCCUCGUUACAACAUCCGUGUCGCUUCAGUCACAUCAAACUUCCUCACCAACGCCACGGACCUCCCUUUAUCCUCCUCGUCGCCCGUCGGUGGCUACCGAGUGAAUCUGGACCAGCUGCAGGACGACAUCCUAAACCUCUUGCCCUCUGCAGACCUUGUCGUCUUCCAGGCCACCAACUGGUGGUGGUCUCGCAGCAACAAGUUCUUUAUCGGGGACACGGAGCUGACCACAAUAUCAACCACAGAGGCCUAUGAGAUCGGCCUGCAGACGCUGAGGUUUUUUGUGGAGCGAGCGCAGCAGCGUGCUUUCAAGGGCACGGCGGUGCUGCUGGGCGCCUCCCCUACGCACUAUGACGUGCCCCUGCAAGGUGUCGCUGGGGGCUCGUGCCAGGUCAACCAGAAGCUCACGUGGCUGGAGGCGCAGGAGGUUCGUCAAGGAGACAGCAAUACUGAGCGGUUCAGAGAGGUGGAGAGGCGUGUGCUCUUGGAAUCUCCUAUUCAAUACCUGGACGUGGGCCCCAUGAGUGACUGGCGGCCAGAUGGACACAUACAGAGAUGGAUGGAUCCAGGAGGGGCGAGUCCAUCCACGCGAGACGAUUGCCGGCAUUGGUGUGAAGGUGGAGUGACUGAUGCGUGGCUGGAGAUGUUAUACAACACACUUCUACACUAGUGGACAUGAUAUACUUGAGCAUGUCCCAUCUUUUCCAUCCUUGAUACAAAGAUGCCAAUGGCCAGAAUCACAUGCUAGCUGCAGCAAUUGGAGCACUCGAUUAAACGUCCACAGGACGUAGUAAAAGCUAUCCGAUAUGAAUCGAUUUUACCCCUAAUUUUAUAUUGCAUAUGCUGUUCGCUUCCUUGUGGUAUUUGAUUCAUUUCGGGAU